UGAAAGCGUAUUUAACAACAUGUGGAAGUCACAUUGAUCGACAAUACAAGAAUAUCGCAUAAUAUACAUUUUUCAAUUACAGAGACUCAAACUCAGAAUAUAUGCUGUAGGUUGGAUUUGAGCGCAAACUCACCGAUGAAGGUUAGUUUAGCUGUUAAUUUAUCUUUGGCACGUUGUUUACCUUCAGAUCCAGAGUAACUACUGCUCAGCAGGUUGACAUCAUACACUGAGCAUCAGAGCAAGUGAUACAAAGGCAGCUGUACCCGAGUCUAACUGCUGUGCUCAUGAUGGAUGACUUGGAAAGAGAGCUAGUGACUCUUGAAGAUGAUGACAUCAACUCUUCAGACGACAACUCUUCAAAGGGAUCGAACAUAUCAAAGCUCCCUCUGGUUAAUCCCAUAAUGUUUGAAGAGAGAUCUAAGGAAACUGGGUUUCACCAGAGUAGCAGAGUCUGUCUGGAGCACAUCAGAGAAGCCCUGCUGCAUCACAGAUGGCAAGAAGCAGCAGAAUAUAUGGCAUGUUACCCACAGAUUUUAGAAGACUCAACCAAUGGCACAGCUCAGUCGUAUAAAGAGCUUACUUGGAGAAUCAGCGCUGAGAUCCUUCACCAUCACCCCAAAUCAAAGCUGGAAGACUACAACAACAUCUAUGAGCGGAUGAAACACUCCGGAGUUAAACACUACCUCAUGAUCUGUCUGGAACAUUCGUUCCACCUGCUGCUUAGUGGUCACAUCGAGGAUGCAAAGCGUCAGCUGUCUGUCUCUGAAAGUUGGAGGCAUGGGAAGGAGUCAGCCGCUCAGUAUCAGAGGACAAAGCUGAUCCACGCCUACAGGAGUUUACUGGAUUAUAUCAUCUGGUGUGACAAGAAGUUCACACACGCCAAGACUGAAUAUUCCAACUCAAGUGAAAACCAAGACAUGCACAACUACUUCAGACAGGCCUCUGUGAAUCUGAAGGAGAUUUUGAAAAACCCUGGCGUGUGGGAUCCCUUCAUACUGGGUUACGUUGAGAUGCUGGAGUUCUAUGAGGAUCACGAGGAGGCUUUGGAAGUCCUGAAUGAUUACGCGUACGACAACACUUUCCCACCUAAUCCCAACGCGCAUGUCUAUCUGUACCAGCACCUAAAGCGAUGCGAUGCCUCGGAGAAGAAACCGAUGAAAGUAUUGAAGAUCCUCCGUGUGUUAGUCCCGAGCCACGAGUUGAUGUUGGAGUACAGCUCUCUCCUGCUUCAGUCAAAGAAAAUCGGUGACCUCCAGAAAGCUUUAGGAGUCGUUCUGGAAAUGCUGGACUUCGCCUGCUGGAGGAGCAACCUGGACGUGUGGGAGCGCUUAACGGCCAUUAUUCAAAAACUACAGUUACAAAAAGACUGGAAGGACGUUGUCGAUACAAAAAUGGCUGAAAGACGAGGCUGGUGGCCCGCGCUGCACUUCACGAGCUUCCACGCGAGUAAAGACUCCGAGGAGAACCCGGAGCUCAUGCAAGUGAAGGCACCGCUCACACAAAUCCUUUGUCCGGACCUAUCGCUCAAGUACACAACUUGGCAGGACACCGGUGGAGAGUGACCUUGAGAGAAGAACUCCAAAGAGAAAAUCAAAUCGUGUCUCCACGACUCACGAUCAGGAACAGCUGAGAUGCUGUCGGAGAAGCAACUGAAAAACCCCGAUGAAGAUUUUUCUUUUGUUGAUUAACUGACACACACACACACACACACACACACACACACACACACACACAAAGUGAAAGCUUUCGGAUUGUACCGUGACAUGUUUUUUCAUUAUCGUGGCACUAGCUACGUUGCCCACUAUGUGGAGCUCUUGUUCUGCAUGUUUUGGAUCGAGUGUCUGGAGGCUGUGACUGCAUCACUGUGGCAGAAACUGAGCGUAGCUCUGAAUGUCAGUGUUCAUGUUGCUUUUGUGGUUUCUGUAAACAUUUUUAAUUGAGUCUCAUUCUGACCUCAGCUGACCUUUUGGAGGUGCUUUAAGGUCACACGUGUGUGUAUAUGUGUGUGUGUGUGCAUAACACACAGCCUGAGGGGUUUUUCUCUCUAUCACGUCUAUUGUCAUGUCAGAAUAAUCAACACAGACUAAUGUGCAGAAGUUUAAGUGAGUGGGACAUUGACAGGUGUUUGCUGAUAAUAGCGACAGUAUGAGUCCUCUUCCUUUUGAAUGUGAGAUGUGUCUUCACUCAAAGAGAUUUAUUGCCUUGUGGUCAGCUUGUAUUUUACACACACGCAGUACAUGCAGCGCUGUCAAUCUUGAUUUUCACAAAGAGGCUUGCACAUUUUGACGCCAUAUAUUUCUGUAAUAAGGAGUAUUUUGUAUGUUCCAGGAUCCCAAGCCUUCAAAAGAUGCGCUCACUCUCCUUUAGACCGAACCAUGAAAUAAAGUCUUGCAUCCAGCAGCAGGCCAAUUUAAUAAGUGAAAGUGUUUGUAAUGAUUCUGUUUCGGCUUGCCACAAUGUUGGCCAUGCAGCAACUCAGUGAGCCGUACUCUGUGUGUGUGUGUGUGUGUGUGUGUGUGUGUGUGUGUGUGUGUGUGU